AUGAAACAAUUUAACGUGACUUACGUGGAGGCUUUACGAGACAAUAGAGUAAUAGCCAGUUUUUAUGACAACUCAUCAAAUGGAUAUGGAUCUUUGGGCAAAGUCGGAUUAACUGCCACGCCGAAAGUGUUUCGGAAACUUGUAGAUGAAUUGGUUAUACCCAAAGUGGUUCCUCUCGAGGGCAACAAAGUGACGAAAUUGUCCAGUGCACUGUUGGACGGAUUCGAGUGUUACUAUGGCACGGAGGCUGGCAACAUGGUUUAUGUUUGCUUCUCACCCGUGAACGUGCCCAAGAUUUUGCCAUUACGCAUACUGACGGAGUUGAAGUCGAUGACGAACGAAUCGGACCAGGAGCUGGAUUCUCACGUCCGUGCCAUUGUCCAGAAUUUCCACGAGGAGCUGCUGUCUUACCACGACUCUUCAACCGCAGAGGCAACUGAGCAAGACAUGCAGGAAAUUAUUCAGCUCAUGAACGACAAUAUAGACAAAUUUCUGCAGCGACAGGAACGUGUGUCGCUGCUGGUAGACCGGACCUCGAAGCUGAACCAGUCGAGUUACAACUUCAAGCGCAAAGCAGUACGAAUCAAGACCAAAAUGUGGUGGCAAAACGUCAAGAUGUGCUCUGCAAUCACCGCUGUGACUGCAUUGGUCGGGACCACUGUUUUUCUUGCGGUGCAUUAUGUGUAG